AUGACUUAUUCUAAUCUUUUAUCGACUAUAGGCCAUAACGUCGCAGUUUUGCAUCCCUCUCUCACUUCUCUUAGCUAUCAAGAUCUUACUCCAAAAUACGUGCGUCCUCCAUUUGGUGACACUGCGCGCAAUUACAAAGGCGCGGCCUGGGCUGAAAACUUUGACACAAAUGGCUGGUCCCUUACUACCGGCAAAUCCACAAUCAACGAUGUACUCAACAUAUUUAACGGAUGGACGCAGCCGUUGUUGUCUGGCGGCGCUACAGGCACUGACGCUACUGGUAAUGCUCAGGCAGCGGAUACUGGAUCUUCUCAAAGUAACGGAGUUGCCCUUGCUGUUCAUGCUGCCAAUAACAGUGUUAUCAUUGGUUCUCUCCUCAACUUCAUUUAA